UAUUUUUUAAAGAUAAAGAUCCGAGAAACUUGUCUGAACGACUUCCAGGUGAACAACAAACUAACAACCAUGCAGAAAUAUAUGCAGCAAUCAGAGCUCUCGAAAUCUGCGACAAAAAUGAAAAUUUAAUAAUUAAUACUGAUAGUUUCUAUGUUAUUAAUUCUCAUAAUAUUAAAAAACCCAAAAAAAAUUUCGAUUUAGUCAAUAGAUUUAACAAUUUAAUCAAAGAGCAUUCAAAAAACCCUGCUAUUGAAUUGACAUUACCAGAAC